AUGAAAGCCACUGGGGAUUUUGGCCCCACGCCAUCUGGCAUUGAUCUUGCAGAGAACCAGCAGGCUCGCAUGCUGGGUGCGGUCAUCACACUGAUGAUCAUUGGAACUCUGGCUGUCGUUCUGCGCGUGUAUACUCGGUCAAAGUCUUCCCAAACAAAAUUUGGAUUGGACGAUUUCCUAAGACUUGUUGCACUGUGUUUUGCGUAUGGAACUGCUGCAUGUGUGAUAAUCAGUCUCAAGUACAAGAACGGCUGGCAUCAAAACGCCCUCACAGACUCGGAAUUCAUAGCGCUAGGGAAGCUCCUUCUUACACACGUUUUUAUCUAUUCGGCUACCACCACUCUUAACGAAAUGCUCCAUAGUGACGUUUUAUCGACGCAUUUUGAACAUUCGCUGGUUGUUGUACGUUUUCCUGUCUAUCAUUCUCGGGUAUUUUAUUACAGUCAUUAUCACUAUGUCUGUCGCCUGCUCGCCCCCUUGUCACAUUUCUGGGAGCAAUAUACCAACUCGGAGGCUGAGGGAACGUGUAUUGAUGUUUCUCAAUUUUUUUUGGUCAACGGAAUUGCUGCCGUCUUGGUUGAUGUGAUGAUUCUUUGUGUGCCGGCUCCUAUCAUUUGGAGAUUGCAAAUGCCGAAAACUCAGCGACUGGCUGUAAUCAGCAUCUUACUUCUAGGCGGCUUCAGUGUCUGUAUCGCCGGAAUAGUACGUGUUGUAAUCCUUGACAAAAACAUGCAUUCCGAUGAUCCAUCAUGGACAAUUGCCUCCGUAUUCGUGUGGUCCUGCGUCGAGCCGGUUAUUGGAAUAGUAUAUGCCUGCAUUCCCACAUUUUCACCAUUGUUUCGUCGCUGGUGGGCUAUUCUGGGGGUCAGAAAUUCAAACUUUAACAAGAGAAAGUACUAUGGAACGGGCAAUUCUACUAUUAUGAUUUAUCGUUUCAGACAACAACCUACCGAGGAUAAUGAAGAUGAUCAACCCCAUGGCGAUGAAGUCCGGCUGACAAGUUUCCCUGGAUGGCCAUUGCACUUCCUGCGUGGAAAGGGUAGUAGGGAUAGUGCUGCAGCAUCGCGAUCUAGGAUCCAGGUUAAGGAGGAGGUUACUAUUUCAUGGAAUUAA